AUGGAGAGCAUGAAAGUUGCAACUAGAGGAAAAGUGGGUCUGCGCGAGUUAAAUCUUGGGCAUGGUAGCAAUAACGUGCGAUGGUUAAACGAUAGAGAAGACAGAAUACUGCAAACUUCUCUGAAUUCACUGGAAAAAGCUCGACAGAAAACACUUAACCGCCUUCAAAAUGAAGUCAACGGAUUGCAUUACACCUUACGAGAGCAGGCCACAAUCCGAUCACCGCCGAUCACAAAAAUAUCGCUUUUAACAGACAUUGACAAAAGCGAGACGAACACGAAAUUAUCAUCCACAGUGACUUUUGGUGAAAACUGUGAGAUUUUAGGAACUAAACUCGAUAAUCGGGCAAAGAGCUUGGAAGACUUGGAUAAUUCAGAAGAACCAACUUUAGAGCACAUUAUUCUAGAAGGUAAACCUGCGGUCUAACAGAAGUACUUUUAGUGAGUAGUUAUUAACAAGAUACAUAUAUUCUCGCAUCAGUGUUUGUUUAAGUGGAGCGCUCUUCCAUAGGUCGGCGUGUAACGAAAGCUGUCUCAGCAAUAUUCCCUAAGAAAUCGGUUGUUACAGGUCAUUGAGCAAGAAUAACUAAUUGAAUGGAGCACAGACUUGGAGAAUCGGAAGCAAAAAAAGGUUAAUUUUAAAAAAAAAAAAAAAAAAAAAACACGUAAACCCACUUUCGGCCCGGAAACUUGGAGCUGUAAGCUUUCGUUCAGCUUAAAAGUAAUUGGAAAUAUUCUCCAACGGAUGCGCGAACUGAAAUGAAUGGUAAAACUGGCGCACUGAAAGGAGUGAACACGAGUAAAGCUUUGAUGUGCUGCUUUCGCUGAAGAAGCGCGAUUUAAUACCUUUGCUAUCUUGAAAGUAUGACCAUCAUUGAAAUUGGAGUACAAGUGUUGGAGCUCUCUUCCGCAAGCGCAAAUAACACGAAACAUACAAAGCCCUCAACACAAUUAUCAUGAUUUGCAAUUUAAAGCAGAUAAGUAAUUGAUAGUAAUCUACUGCACAACACGUAAAUGAUAUUGAUUUACGACUUUAAGCCCAAAUUAUACACCGAACAACACAACUGAUACUAAGAAACAACGCUAAAUGUUACAAAAUUCCAUCUAAACGCCAAGGUAACAAAAAAAGAAAGAAAAGCCAUAACUGAAUUGUUAUCAAACGAUUUCGUUUUCCUCCUCAGUUUCUUAGUCUAACGUCAACCCAGUGAUGUUUUCUAUUCGAAGAACCAUUACAUCAUUUUUACUGCAUGCGAUGGACGACUGGAUGUCAAAAGAGCUUAAACGUAACAUCCGUAAUUAACGUGACAGUUACAAGUGGGGCAGGCGUAUACAAGUAGCAAUGGUUGAUAGAACAUAAAAGAUACGACGUAAAUAACAUAUGACCCCUGAACUUUCCAGAGGAAUAAUUAUAGCAGCUUUUGUCGUUAUGAUCUCUUAAAUGGCGUCGAUGAUAGGGCAUAAAUUGUAACUCGUUAAAUUUUCUAAAUCAUAACUCGUGAAGGUUUCAUUCCCACAAGGAAGAUGGAUUAUUCUUUACUACUAUGCUCAUUUUAAAUGUUUCAAAACAUAUUUCGUUGAAAUUGUCCUACGGUUAGUGAAACAAGACAGUUCAUCUGAUUGGGAUAGAAAACAUUGUCAUUUCCACCUUAACAAGUUUCUCUCUUUGUAAAGAAACUUGACCAUACCUUAGAAACCCACAAGUUCUUCAAAGGUGGACUGUUUGUAGCCAUUAACUAACUCGUAUCUUGCAGUUUUGCCACAAUUCGAACAAAAUAGAACGCAUAAACUAGACUGUGCUUAUAAAAUUCGGCUUUUCCGCCACAUUUCCUUGUUCUAACGUAAAACGUUCAAUAAAAAAGGAUAAAGAGUCCUCAUUUGGUUAGAAGGCCAAAUGAAAUACGUAAUCAUCUUAGGUAAGAGAAUGUACAAGCAUAGAGAAUCACUGACUCUAGCGACUUGUAAAAAGACUAACAUUCCAAUUUUUAUUCUUUCCUUCUGAGCCUCUCAAAUCAAUUAUCCUUUUUAACCUUACAGAUUCCGGUUUCUACGACAAGCAAAAAGGCAAAGGCUUAGUAAAAACCAACUAUCAAACUGAGAAUGCUUGGACAAGAAAACUCUCUUCAAGCACUGCUGGCAAGACUGCUCUAAAACGACAACUCUCGAAGCAGCACUCGAACUCAUCCGACCACUGUUCGCCUUCGGCGGCGACUUUGUUGGUUCAUCGUCGUAAAAUUUCCUUCACCGAUCCACUGUUAACAAAGGAAGGUAGGGAAGGAGGCUUGCGGAAGACGCUAAGUCAAAGUUCCUUGCAAGUUGGCUCUGACAACUUAAACCGCGCAAAGGCGAGAUCGACAGAAAUGAUAAACCUCGCCUCGACAUAUCCCAAUGGCCAUACCCUUAAUGAAUCUUUUAUGCCAUCUCUGAGAAAAGGGAGCGAGGCUGUCAGUCGUGUCACUAGCCCUAUAUUUGUGCGGAGAAAGAUUUCCCAUCAUCAUUCGUCACCUUUAUCAUCGCCUCCGAGACCGAUCAGAAAAAUCUCCUGCCCCACAAAGCUGCAGCAAUUUUCCAGAUCAGUUUGUCAAGAAGAAGUCAUACCUCUCCAACCGUCACGUGAAAAUAGCGGAAGUACGUCACGCCUUGGUGUUGCCACGAUAACCGAUCUCCCUAAGUUGUCAAUGUCACACGUGGUUGAUCAUGUGACCCAACUGGACGACGACAAAUACCCGAGAAGCAAUGCGAGUCCUUUGGGGAUUCAUGUUGACGGUAUGGAAUGUACUCUUCAGGAAAAAGUAAACAAUUUCCUUCGAAGUUUGGAAAGAAGCGACGAAACUCAAGAACCAAAAGAAAAGACAUAUACAUAA